CGGCUCCGGACGGCGGGACGCCUGAGCAGCACACUGGAGCCAAAAGGACGAGGGCACGAAGCACCCGCCCCCGUGAAGCCAGGCUCCUGCACCCCUGGGGGACCUCUCCUCCUGCGCUCGCGGCCGUGCGCUCCACUCCCGGUCAAGCAGGGAGCUGCGAUGCCUCACUCGGUGUCCGCGGGCGCCGGCGGGGGCUUCUAGGGCGCUCCGGGGCCGCCUCCCCCUGCUGCUGGCACAUCAAGCUUCCUCCCUCGCCAACCAGGACGCUGCCUCUUCGACUUUGCCCGCUGCUCAGCUGACGAGGCUGCAAAGUUGCAAUUAAGUGAAGUUGGCUUCCCUGCCCACCUGUGGAAGAAGCUCGACCUCAUUGAUGCGCCAUCGACUUUUUUCCCCUUCGGCCUCGCCAGCGUCCCCUCCCACAGAGGCAGCAUCACCCACUGAAUGUACAUUAGGCUGGUUUUUCCCCCCAGCUUCGGGCUUUGUUUGGGUUUGAUUGUGUUUGGCUCUUCGCUAAGCUGAUUUAUGCAGCAGAAGCCCCAUCGGCUGGAGAGAGACAAAAGCUCUUUUCUUUGUCCCAGAGCGGGCUGCGGAGCCUUUGCUCGCGUCGCCGCCCCGGGCCUUUGGCCGUCAGAGGAGGUGCUUCUCGCGGAGAUCGCGGGACCAGCCGUGCGGAGCUGGGAGGGCCGCGGGGGCCCUGAAAUGCCGAGCUGUGCUCAGGCCGCCGUACCUGCAUCGUUUGCUCCGAGCCGCGGGGUCCGCCUGCCGGGCCUGCUGGAAACGUCCUAGCAACACUUGGCACUUCGCGCCCGGGAGCGCGAGCGCGCAUCCGGUUAGCAGCCAGGCGGCGGGCGCGGUGCAGUGCGGGCUGCUUUGCAUUAUGUGCCGCUCGGCCCUGGCUUUUUUUACUGCCACAUUAGUCUGCCUGCAAAACUGCAGGCCAGGUCCUGCCCCAUUCCUCCGGGCGGCCUGGGUGUUUUCAGUUGUUCUUGGACUGGGCCAAAGUGAAGACAAUAGAUGUGCAUCUUCGAAUGCAGUGUCCUGCACCAAGUGCCUUGCGCUGGGUCCGGAAUGUGGAUGGUGUGCUCAAGAGGAUUUCAUUUCAGGUGGAUCAAAGAAUGAACGUUGUGAUAUUGUUUCCAAUUUAAUAAACAAAGGCUGCUCAAUUGAUUUGAUAGAAUACCCAUCUGUGCAUGUAACACCAAGUGAAAAUGAAAUCAAUACCCAGGUGACACCAGGAGAAGUGCUGAUUCAGCUACGUCAAGGAGCUGAAGCUAAUUUUAUGCUGAAAAUUCAUCCUCUGAAGAAAUAUCCUGUGGAUCUUUAUUAUCUGGUUGAUGUCUCAGCAUCAAUGCACAAUAAUAUUGAAAAAUUAAAUUCAGUUGGAAAUGAUUUAUCUAGAAAAAUGGCAUUUUUCUCCCAUGACUUCCGCCUUGGAUUUGGCUCAUACGUUGAUAAAACAGUUUCACCAUACAUUAGUAUCCAUCCAGAAAGAAUUCAUAAUCAAUGCAGUGACUACAACUUAGACUGUAUGCCUCCCCAUGGGUAUAUCCAUGUGCUGUCUUUGACGGAAAACAUCACUGAGUUUGAAAAAGCAGUUCACAGACAGAAGAUCUCUGGAAAUAUAGAUACACCUGAAGGAGGUUUUGAUGCUAUGCUUCAGGCAGCUGUCUGUGAGAGUCAUAUUGGAUGGCGAAAAGAAGCUAAAAGAUUGCUGCUGGUGAUGACAGAUCAGACAUCUCAUCUUGCUCUAGAUAGCAAAUUGGCAGGCAUAGUGGUGCCAAAUGACGGAAACUGCCAUCUGAAAAACAACGUCUACGUCAGAUCAACGAGCAUGGAACAUCCCUCGUUAGGCCAACUUUCAGAAAAGUUAAUAGACAACAACAUUAAUGUCAUAUUUGCAGUUCAAGGAAAACAGUUUCACUGGUAUAAGGAUCUUCUACCCCUCUUGCCUGGCACCAUUGCUGGUGAAAUAGAAUCAAAGGCUGCAAACCUCAAUAAUCUGGUUGUAGAAGCCUAUAAGAAACUCAUUUCAGAAGUGAAAGUUCAGGUGGAAAACCAGAUAAAAGGCAUCUAUUUUAACAUUACUGCCAUCUGUCCAGAUGGGAGCAGAAAGCCAGGCACAGACGGAUGCGGAAAUGUGACAAGCAAUGACGAAGUUCUUUUCAAUGUAACAGUUAUAAUGGAAAAAUGUGAUGUCAUGGAAGGAAAGAGCUAUGCAAUAAUCAAACCUAUUGGUUUCAAUGAAACCACUAAAAUUCAUAUACAUAGAAACUGCAGCUGUCGGUGUGAUGACAGCAGAGGACCUAAAAGAAAGUGUGUAGAAGAAACUUUUCUAGAUGCCAAGUGCUUCCAGUGUGAUGAGAAUAAAUGUCAUUUUGAUGAAGAUCAAUUUACUUCUGAAAGUUGCAAGUCACACAAGGAUCAACCUGCUUGCAGCGGUAGAGGAGUUUGUAUUUGUGGGAAAUGUUUAUGUCACAAAAUUAAGCUUGGAAAAGUGUAUGGAAAAUACUGUGAAAAAGAUGACUUUUCUUGUCCAUAUCACCAUGGAAAUCUGUGUGCUGGGCAUGGAGAGUGUGAGGCAGGCAAAUGCCAGUGCUUCAGGGGCUGGGAAGGGGAUCGGUGCCAGUGCCCAACAGCAUCUGCCCAGCACUGUGUCAGUCCAAAAGGCCAAGUGUGUAGUGGAAGAGGCACAUGUGUAUGUGGCAGGUGUGAGUGCACCGAUCCCAGGAGCAUCGGCCGCUUCUGUGAACAUUGUCCCACAUGUCACACAGCCUGCAAUGAAAACUGGAAUUGUGUGCAAUGCCUUCACCCUCACAAUCUGUCUCAAGCUAUACUUGAUCGGUGUAAAACCUCAUGUACUCUCAAGGAACAGCAUUAUGUGGACCAAACAUCAGAAUGUUUCUCUAGCCCAAGCUACUUGAGGAUAUUUUUCAUCAUCUUCAUAGUUACAUUCUUGAUUGGGUUGCUUAAAGUCCUUAUUAUUAGACAGGUGAUACUACAAUGGAAUAGUAAUAAAGUUAAGUCCUCGGCAGAUUACAGGGUGUCAGCCUCAAAAAAGGACAAGUUGAUUCUGCAAGGUGUUUGCACAAGAGCAGUAACCUACCGACGUGAGAAACCUGAAGAAAUAAAAAUGGACAUUAGCAAAUUAAACACUCAUGAAACUUUCAGGUGCAACUUCUAA